AUGAAAAAGGCGACAUUGACAAACACAACAAUGACAAAGACGACCACGACAACAAAGUCAACGACAACAAACGAUAGCGACAACGAAAACGAAGUGAACGACAAAGAAAACAACGGCAACAAUGACAAAGACAGCAACAGCAACAACGACGGCAGCAAGAACAAAAUUGACAACGACGACAACAACGAAUUAAGUGCCCAAGAGUCCUACAAUACCAAAAUGCUUCAUCGAAACGAUUUGAAGACUAUCAAUGUAGCUGAUAAUUCUAACAUUUAUUAUAUUGAAGCAAGUGGAUCAAGAAGAAUAAUCAAGAGUAAAAAUGUUCUGAAAGUACUGGAAACAUCGACAGGCAUUGUCUUUGCUGUAAUAGAAAACGAGGUUGUUCGUGCAUUGGCUGAUGGUCCUACUAAACCUGUUAUCAUAUGGCCUAAUGGUUCUUCUCGACCUUUAGUAAAAAUUUUAGAGGAAAAAGCUGGAUUACAAUUUGACAAAAAACUGGAAAUUAAAAUGUAA